CUCUCCCUCUCCUUCUCUAUCUCCCUCUCCCCAUCCCUAUCCAACAUCUUACCCACCCACCAAUCCAUACUCUGACUCCCCUCGGCUGCGCCCGGAGCAUCUGUGUGAUCAUUCGCGGUUCCUUAUCCCUACGAGAGACCGGGGCCAGGGGGGAGGAUGAAUAUCUCGGCUAUAUCGCGACAUUAACCGUUGGGGUGCGAUACGACGGUGCGCGUAGCCGCACAGCAACAGCCUGCUGCGCAAAGGGGAAACAGAACAAUAGACGAUCCGGAGAAUAUGAGGAAGGUGUGUUCGCAAGCUACGGGGUUAAAUAGGGGGCGAGUCCGCAUCGUUAGCUCCAGCGAAUCUGCGGACAACCCAUCGCGAAACCCUCGUUGCCUUUUCCCCCUUGUCGCGGCUCCCGCGCAAACAAGAUGCAGCCGACCAUCCACUCCGUCGCCGCGGGCCUGGCACUCCUCGCGCCAGGCGCCCGCGCGCUGCUUCGAUUCUCAUGCUCGCAGCUCGUCGUCGAGCGUCUGGACCCUCUGGUUUUCCCCGGCGUGACGGCCUCACCGCACGUCCACCAGAUCAUCGGCGGUAAUGCCUUCAACGCGUCGAUGGAACAUCCUCGUGUAGACCUUCCCAGCCAGGCCACCUGCACCACCUGCACCUUCGCCGACGACCUGUCCAACUACUGGACCGCUGUGCUGUACUUCCGCGCGCGUAACGGCACCUUCAAGCGUGUGCAGCAGAUCCCCAACUUGGGCUUCGAAGCGGCGCAGGGCGGCAUGACCGUCUACUACACGCCCAGCUACAACAACGCCAAGGUUACCGCUUUCAAGCCUGGCUUCCGUAUGAUUGUCGGGGACCCGAGCUACCGAACCCAGGCUCAGGCCAGCAAGUACCGCCAGCUUACGUACACCUGCCUCGAGAACAUCCUGACCCGAACGGGCGAGACGAUGGACUUGCCGAAGAAGCCGUGCAAGGCUGGCAUCAUGUCUAACAUCCGCUUCCCAACGUGCUGGGACGGCAAGAACCUCGAUACGGCGGACCACUCGAGCCACGUGGCGUACCCGCAGAGCGGCACGUUUGAGAGCGGCGGGCCGUGCCCGGCGACACACCCGGUCAAGAUCCCGCAGCUCUUCUUCGAGGUCAUAUGGGACACGACGCCGUUCAACAAUCCAGCCGACUGGCCAACCGACGGCUCCCAGCCCUUCGUCUGGUCCUACGGCGACCCCACCGGCUACGGCAACCACGGCGACUACGUCUUCGGCUGGAAGGGUGACGCCCUUCAGCAGGCCAUGGACACCAACUGCAACAUCAACUGCCCCCAGCUCCGCUCCCAGUCCAUCCAGCAGGGUAACCAGUGCACCGUCAAGAAGACCGUCAACGAAGACAUCGACGGCUGGCUGAAAGAGCUUCCUGGUGCGAUGCCCGUCACCGACGCCAGCGGGAAGGUCCUCUACUAAGAAUAUGGCAAUCUUACCGUUGAUUACCUUAGAAAGUGGGGUUAGUAGCGGGUGUGUUGGUUUAUAUGGAGGAGCGACUGGAUUGAGUAAGAAGAAGAGGAGGAGCAGAAGGGGUGGGAGAGGACACCUGGGAGGGGACGCAUGCCGUACCAGUAGGGACAUCAGAGGAGCUGAUAGAGGAGCCCUGUGUUGACGGCGUCGUCAUGUCGGUCCAAUCUUAAGGUCUGGCCUCUGUACCUUAUCAAGCUCGACCUGUUACUUGAAUUCCAUGUGUCGGAGUUGCGCAUACUAUCUUCUAAUUCCUGUUGGCUAUGGCGUUCCCGU